CACUUUCAUCUUCACUGCAUCUGCAAACUUUCCAUGAUACCAUAGGCGCACCGUACAUAUUUGCAUAAUACCGUAAUGGCAGGGUAUAAGUUGGAAAAGUUAGUGACUCUCGAGGAGGAUAUCAACACCUAUAGGUUUCGAGGACAAUGGGAAAUUGUCAUAGAGCUUGCGGACAAGCUUUUGUCUAAAUUGGAAGUCAGAGAAGGACGGAGAUUCGCAUUUGCCUGCAUAGCAAAAGCUGAUGCGAUGCUCAAUCUUGCGUAUGAGCCAUAUUUCAAGCAAGAUAACACUGCGGAUGAGGGUUUGAAGCGAAGAGGAUUCCAUAAUGCCAUAUUUACAAUACCUGACAAUGACGAUGAAGAAGGUGGAGACUCAGGUGGAUUUAACUUGAACUUGAGUGACGAGUCAUACACAGCCUGCCACCGUGCGCUGCUGUUAUUGGAUGAUGCAGUCAUUGCAUUACUUGAUAAGGAACCAGAGCCUGGGAGCCCGCUCAUGGAUCUGUGCAUGGAAGCUGAAGUCCUUGGAUGUCUCCACGAUCUGGUGACAGGAAGUGAGGGUGAAUGUGCAUGGAAAGUCAGAAAGGCAAAGUUUGGAUAUGAAGCUCCCCCACCAGAGCCGCGCUCCUUUGCUCAUCCGUAUGAUCGCGUCAUGUAUGCAAUGUAUUGGAUUGUGACUGCUUUGGGACAUCAUGUGGAUGAUUGGGACGUCUUGGCGUGCGAGUACAUGAACAAAGCUGUCGAUUUCUUUGCUGAUCAAGGAACGUUUUCGACCCCGACCCCGACUCGCCAGCGAUCAUCCACCCGCGUGGAUGAUAAUCAAUGGGAGAGAUGGUUUGAAUUCUCUCAUUUUUGGGCCACUUUGUACAAUGCAAGACUUGGGAACCGGGAAUGCUCGAUAGAAAUUGCCCGCGAGUAUUUACAGCGGCUAGCUGGUAAACCGGUCAGCUAUCGGCCACAGCCACGGGUCGCUGUUCUGGGCGUCUUCAUCCGUCAACUCCUUGGACUGCAGCCCUUAGCCCCCCCGCCCCGUCCGUUAGAAGGCAUUCCAAAAGAUACCGUGGAUACCGUAUCGAGCGAGGUCUUAGCGGAAAUACGCUCUUACAUACCCUUAUAUGAGUCCCUCACAACCCACCUCCUACCAUUCCCGCGGGGCGAGGACGCUCUACCGAUAGAGAAGGGCAGGCACAGCCGCGUCCUCGAAACCUUCGAUUGGUUCACAUACAUAGGGAUGCAGGCAGAACCUGGCGAGUCCAUUGGCGAGGCCGCAGAUCGACAUUAUCGACUUAUAGAACAUUUGUACCGAGGAACGAAGUACACGUUUCAUUCAAUGCGACUCCUCAGAUAUUUGGCCCAUACAUUCACCUCUCUUACGAGUUUCUUUGGGGAUAAUAUGACAGCUGAUGAAAAGAUUGAAGCUGAGGCUACCAUUGAGUCAUAUGCUUUUUUUUGGAACAAGCAUCUUAAGCUGAAAGUGGAGCUUGAGCGCAAAAGGCGCACAAACCCUCGUUUGUCGACGGAUGCACCACCGGGCGAAAACGGGGAGCCCAAAAAGAAACGCGUCAGUUAUGAUAGACACAGAGAACGUGUAUGGUUGGAUGCGCCGUCCAGGGAUCCCGUGAAUGAUCCAGAUGGAAACUUCAUUCUUCCCAUUUACCUGGAGGAUUACAUACAGAAACACCCUGAUCUCGCCGAACGUGAAGCGGGAAAGGACACUGAAGAUACCGUUGUAAUGGAGGAAGUUGAUGGUGAACGCAUCGUUGAUGCACUCGGCGUCUUCUUCGCCGGGGUGCGCAUGUGCAUCAUGAAUGCAGACGGCAACGAAGAAAAGCUCCGCAAGGGUCUUGAAUACGCUGAGACUGCACUUGGACUACUGAAAGAGCACGGACGAUCAUGUGGCCAAGACCUCCCCGACCUUGAGUAUCAAGCAUUUAAAUGGCUCGGCAUAAUAAAUAGCGAGCUUGCGCAGGAGGUUCGUGACAGUCAGCAACGACGAAAAUAUCAGAAGCAAGCGCUAGAAGCAAUGAAGAGAGCCAGAACAAUAAAGCCUAGUUCAUGGGAAGCGUCCUAUCAACGUGCCUUACAGUUAGCUGAGGCAGGAGAGAUCUCGCAAGCGAUCAUUAAAGUCAAAGACUCCUUACAGGAAAACAAGGCACAUGCUGCAUCCUGGAACCUGCUUGCUCUGCUUUUCAGUGCUCGCAAAGAUUACAACCAGGCUCUAAGAAUUUGCAACAUCGGCGUGAAAGAAUGUUUUGCUAAAAUAGAAAAGUCCUCGAUCUUGAAGGAUAGACUCGCUGUGCCAACAAAUGCGGUGAACGGUAGAUGGUCAUGGGAGGCGGUGGACGAUCUUGACAAGAUUGGUCUGAUCAAUCUAAAGUUAACACAAGUCGCUCUUGAAGCUUGGAAGAAUGGACCUAAGCCCGCGUUGGAGAUCAUGAAGCAGAUUCUCCGACUAUCCCGAAAAUUCUUUAGAGGAACAGAUAUCCCAGACGAUGCGGGUUUCCGUAUGAGUACUGAAACCGAGAGAAGUGGAUCAGCCGUCAACGGGAGUAAUGGACUGGGGGAAGCCGGCGAUUACCGAUCGCGUAAUCGAUCGCGUAGCUCUUCUUUCGCAUCAGGGGCGUCCUCCGAUACUGCGUCGCCAUCACAAACAAGCCUAGGAGGGUAUUACCGGUUUCGAGUCCAUGACUUGUUUGUCGGUAUCUGGCUUACGUCCGCUGCCCUCUACCGAUGUACUGGCCACUUCCAACAAGCAGAAGGUGCUGUGCGGGAAGCACAUCGAUUGGCCGAAGAAAUGGCCCAAAUGGACGCGUUGAUACAAAGGAUACCCUCACGUCUGUACAGUGGUAUUUCAAUGAAAAAGAUAUUAGUGGAGCAGGGUAAUGUGCGGGGACUCCUGAAAACCAAGCAGCAAAAGAAACAACCCAUCAACGAACUUGUUCCCGGAUUUCCAAAGUGGGGUCCCGUCGGGGCGCGUAUCCGAAGAGUCAUAGCAGAUGUUGCUUUUGAGGCCGCGCUGAUACGACAAGCCCGUUAUGACAAAUUGAUCCAACCGCCAGAGGCACCCAAGUUUGCUCGGUACAUAGCUCCGGCGGUACGUGUAGAGGCAGAACGACGUCUGCGCUCGUGGAACGCCCAGGUUGCGGCAGGCGGCUUAAAACCCAGUCCAUCACAAGUAUCUCUGGUUAGCUUGCCCACACCAGCAUCCACAGUAGGGAAGACUUCGGGGCGGGAUUUAAACAAGAGAGCUAUGGGAGUACCGAUACCUACAGCGGCGGAAACCGGCGAUGUUGCAGUGCCGCCACCUGUGCAAAUGCAAGUGAACGGAAUUGCAGUAGGAGGGAUUGCAAUAGACGCGGUGCCGGAGGAUGAGCAGACCACUAAGCCGCCGGGCACAAACUCUUUACUGGACGCGGAAGAAGAACCGCUAACACUAUCGUCUCUAAUUGAGACUUUCACGCGAGUCACAUAUAUAGACGACGAUCAUCUCGGUGCGCGAGUGCACUUGGGGAAAUUAUACAUGCAGCAAGGUCGAAGUGAUUUUGCUGAGAACAUUUUUGAGAGGGCUUGCAAGAGUUCCAAGGCGAGAGGCGGCGGAGGGGGCCGACCCAGCUGGUAUGGAGGAAUAACCGGUCGAUGGAACUGGGAAUCAUGGCGAAAUUUGAGCAAGUGCCUGAUGAAUACCGGACGAACGCAGACCGCACUUGAAGCUAUUGCUUUUGCGGUGAAAAUUCAAAAGUCGAGUUUUGCGAGAGGACUGGAAUGCUUACGAUGAAUGGUUAGAUCUGAAAGUGCAAGGAUGAGGAGGAAUGCCGUGAUUGAUUUAUGGAUUGAGUUGAUGGAUGUAUUUCUUUUUUUUUUUUUUUUGGAACUGAUUCUGCAAAUGAAGCAUAUUUACACAUUUCAA